AAGAUUAUAAAAAUAUUUUUUUAUUAAAAUAUCCUUUGCUAUAGAGUAAAAUUUAAUGUUGGUAAUGUCAUAUAUAACAUAAAAUAAAAAUAUCUACACAUAGAUAAUUAUUUAAUCAGUCGAUUUCGUUGAAUUUGCCGGUAUAAUGAUAUGUUAAAUGUAUUUUUUCGAAUCACUAAUAAAUAAAAAAAACCUUGAAAUUAUAUCUUAGUUAAUGUAGUGCGCGGACAUAAGUUGCAUUAGAUUUUAUGGACAAAACUGCCAAAUUUAAAAAUCAAUAAAAGCAAAAUACUCUAUUUAGAUUCAAUACAGUUAUAAAUAGAUCGAAAAAUAUGCCCAACGCCGAAUUACGUAAACGAAAGAUAGCACAGCACAAUAAUGAUAAACCCAAUAAAGGGCCAUCAAAGAAAAAGAAGGAAAAAGGAGUUAUUUCCAUACACACCUCACUAUUGUGUUUAAUAUUAAGUGGAACCAUUUUUACGACUUUUAUAAUUUUAUAUACGGAUCAAAUACCAUGGAUGAUGGCACAUAGGGCAGUUGAUAGUUUUGCUAAGAAUAUUUUAGGAAGUCAUAAACCCGUUUAUGCAGUUGUAAUAGAUGCGGGUAGUACGGGCUCUAGGGUGCUCGCAUAUUCUUUCCACGAAUCAUAUUUUGGGAACCAAUUGAUAUUAGAUAAAGAAUUAUUUGAGUAUACCAAACCUGGUCUUUCAUCCUUUGCCAAAGAACCAAAAAAGGGAGCAGCGACAAUAGUGAAACUUUUAGAACAAGCAAAAAUAGAAAUACCCCAAGAGUAUUGGCCGAAGACGCCUUUAAUUUUAAAAGCGACAGCUGGUCUUAGGAUGCUGCCAGUUGCGCAAGCCGAAAUGUUACUGGAAUCAGUUAAGGAAGUCUUUAGAGCGGCGCCAUUUUUAACAAAUGAAAAUUCAGUUGAAAUUAUGGAUGGUACCGAUGAAGGAGUAUUCUCGUGGUUUACAGUCAACUUUUUAUUAGAUAGAUUGAAUGGAGAUUCAGCUCGAACUGUCGCCGCUCUCGAUUUGGGCGGUGGCUCUACUCAAGUUACAUUUGCAGCAAUGACACCAGCUAGUUUACAAGAAAAAGAUUUAAUCCAAAAGGUAGCGUCUCCAAAGGGCCCUAUGCCUGUAUACACAAACAGUUUCUCAGGUUUAGGUCUCAUGGCAGCCAGACACGCUAUGUUCACCCUUAACCAGCCAAAUUCGGUGAAUGUUACUAGCGAAUGCGUUAAUCCUAUAAUUAAAAAUAGAAAGUUCAUCUAUCACGGAACCGAGUAUUUCGUUUCUGGUCCCCAGGAGAAUUAUGCGACAUCAAAAGUGAGGGGUACCGAUACAAUAAUAGGGGAAACUGUUCCUAUUGUUAAUUUUGAUAAGUGUACGAAACUGAUAAUGAAUUAUGUGAAAAGUAAGGCGAACCCUCCACAAGAAUUACCUAUGAAAACAAUAUUUGCAUUUAGUUACUAUUUUGACAGAGCCACAGAGGUUGGACUGAUAGACGAAGCAACCGGAGGAAAUAUAUUACUUAAAGAAUUUAAAGAGGCAGCUGAAAAAGUCUGUCAUGAAGCUAAUGCGGAACAACCUUUCAUGUGUUUGGAUCUAACAUUCAUUUGGAUAUUGCUAGAACAAGGAUGCGGCUUAAAACUGGACACUAGAAUAUUCCUUCACAAAAAAAUAAACGGCCACGAGAUCUCAUGGGCGUUGGGUGCAGCGUAUGAUGUACUCAGAGGCAAACAAACUGUUUAAAAAGUGAUUAUUAUUAUAAUAGUAAUGAAAUUCGAAUGCAUCAUUGUGUAAAUUAGUAUCAAUUUUUUUUAUUUAUAAAUAAUUUAGUGUAAGGUCAACAGGUUCGGUUUUUUUCUAUAUUUUAAUAAUGUAAUGAUAAUGUAGGACGUUUUUGAUAAACGUUCGUAAACGUAGAAAAUUUAUUUCUUCGAAAUGAAAAAUGGUACACGCAAAUAUGAUGUCAAUAUCCUUUGGAUGUUUUUCGUUCCGUUGUAACUAAUUAUCAACAAAAAAAAUUAAUUCACAAAUUAGUUAUGCCAAAUUGGUCAACUUUUUUCUCGUCAUCCCAAAUUAAAUUAAUUCAAUUUGAUAUGAAUAACUUGGUCCUUACAAUAUUAUUUAGAUUUUUGUCAUUAUUUUAUUUAGCUCCAUCAACAAUCAGAAUUACAAUAUUCUAUAAGCUAAUCUGAUAGCUUGACGGUCGCUACCCUUCAUUGGCGUGAUGGAUUCUCCCUUACUUCCACUUGUUUCUAGCUAAUUAUUGUCGAUGGUAGUCAUCUAUACUUCCAUUAAGUCAUCUACCACUCCAUUAAGUCAUCUAUCCUUCUAUUAAAUCAUCUAUCCUUCUAUUAAAUCAUCAACACUUCCAUUAAGUUAUCUACCAUUCUGUUAAGUCAUCUACCCUUCUAUUAAGUCAUCUACCAUUCCAUUAAGUCAUCGACCAUUCCGUUAAAUCAUGAUUUACCUAUGAUUCAAGUUGUGUAUGUAAUAGGACUUUGGAGUGAUUUUUAUUCUAUUUUUUUGGAUUUUGAGAUCCCAAGGUGUUUAUACAGUUUUUAGCUCAAUAUAUACGAGGGUGGUUGGUGGGUAAUUGUAGAAUUUUCAACAAUCUAUCAUAAAUUUGUUGGCACAUUUUUUUGUUUGUCAUAUUUUUUCUUUUUUGAUUUGAAUAAUUUCGAAAAUUGAUACUAAUGGAAUUACAUGAAAAUUGUGCCUUAUAUAUAUAACGAAUAAAUGACACAUAGACGUAACUGUUUGAAGGGUUAGGUGCUUUUAGAUUUUGUCUAUGAUCUUUUUAUUCACAGUACUAUACAAUUUUUUUGUUUGAUUAAAUGAUGCGUUACGUCUUUGUGACAAAUUAAAAUACUUAUUGUUACUUUCUGGUUAGGUUAUUUUAUUGGCUGUGCAACAAUUCCACUUAAGUAUAAAUGUACGUCAAUAAAACAGGUUUUUCAAA